AUGAGCUGUGGAAAUGAUUUUGUGAAAACUCUUAAGAAAAUUGGAUAUCCAAAAGCUGAUGAGCUUAAUGGAGAAGAUUUUGACUGGCUGUUUGAGUCUUCAGAAGACAAAUCAUUUCUGGAGUGGUUUUGUGGAAACGUAAAUGAGCAGUAUGUGGUAUCUGAAAAAGAAUUGCAAGAUUUUGAUAGGCUUCUUGAAUCUGGUAAGCCCAUUUUGGAAGGGAAUGCACUGGAUGAAGCCCUUAAAACCUUGAAGCCCGUUUAUUCAAAGACUAGUAGCCAAGAGGAGGAGGAGGAAGAAGAGGAGGAACUGAAGAAAUUAGAGGAUGAGAUUCAGACUCUUCAGAAGUUAAAAAAACUCCAGAUUCAUCGGCGUAAUAAACUUCAAAUGAUGGUGUCUGCCAACAGCCAUAUGUUACAAACAUUAAAAAGCAAGGAGGAGGAAGCACAUAAAGAUUUGAAAGAAGGACUGGCAGUGUUUACUGCAGCAAAUAAUCAGCUUAAUAAUGAACUGCUGUCUCUUACGGAUGCAGCUAAGAAACUGGCCUCUUUCUUCACUGCUUCAGUUUCAGAACAAGGUUCAGGUCCGCAUCCAGUGUUUUUUUCCCAACUUUCUUUGGACAAGUAUUUGUCUCAGGAAGAGCAAAGCACUGCAGCACUUACCUCAUACUUAAAAACCCAUUUUUAUCAAGAUAUGUCUGAAUGGGUUGAAAAUUCACAUGAAGACAGCUUUCAGCUUGCAGAUGUAAGCAAACCGGUCACUUAUGAUGAGACUAAUGAAGUUUGUGAAGAGAGUCAAGAGCUGGCCAGGAUCCAAACAGCAUAUAUUAGUGCUCAAUAUCAGCUAAUUCAGAUGCAAGCUAAGGAGGAGAGCAUGAAUUCAGCUAUAAAAUGUGCAGAGAGAAUGCUGCAGUCCUUAAACAACAAGGACAUUGGAAAACAAGAAAACCUCGAUGCCAAAAUAUCUAGUUUAAAUGAUGAAAUUUCAACACUUAAACAAGAAAUAAUUCAGAUAAACAAUGAAGAGCUGCUUCCCCUUCUGAAAGAGAAGGCACGACUUUUCAGUGCGCCAGCAGUGAAAGGAUACUUGGAUGGUCAGAUUACUCAGCAGGACUAUUAUGCUUCAAGACAAGAUGAAGUAUUCAGGCAUUUGAUAAGACAGAAGGCAUCGUUUGAACUUAUCGAGCUAGCCUUUGAAAUGGAGUUGAAGAAACAUAAGGAGACCUGCUGUCAACUUGAGAAUUUGGUAGAGUCUCUGAAACAGAGCAGUAACGAGUUGCAACAGAGGCUACAAGUGAUAACUGAGCGAACUCAACACGCAAAGCCGAGAAACACUAUUAGUUCAAAGGAUGAUUUCUCUUGUCGGCUAUUUCAGCUUCUGGAAGGAGAAAAUAAAAAAGAACAAUUGUUUAAAACGUACACAAGCCUGGAGCAGAUGGCUCAGAAGUUAAAGCAGGACUGUGCGACAGCACAAGAUCAGCUAGCAGCAUCUUCUCAAGAACAAGCUCUCCUUUUGUCCAAGCUAGAAAGUGAUGUAAAUACCCUUCAUGAUGCUCUGUAUUGUGGGGGAAAAGAGAUACAACUCAGUAGUCCGGAACUUACUGAGCAGUUUCAUCAACUGGAAUUUGAUUUAAAUAAACUAAAUCAACUCCUUAUGGAUCUGAUUGCUGAUGUGAAGUCAAAGAGAAACUUUUUAGAGUCCAAUAAGCUGCAUCAGAUGGAAAGAAACUUGUAUGUGUAUUUUUUCAAAGACGAAGACCACUUGAAAGAGAUGGUGGAGAAGCUUGAGCAGCAGUCUGAGGCUGAAGCCAGUGGUCUGGAAGCUUAG